CGUUGGCUACCUGGCGAAUCACACCAUUUAAAAAGUGGCUCUGGCGCUGGGCAAUAAAUGAAAAAAUCUUCAGAGCAAGAAAGAAUCUAGUUUCGUACUGUAUCUUGUUUUUUCAGAUAGAAGAAGAAGAUUCGAUCAUGGAGGAUUCAAGGGCAAAAGUCAUUCAGGCAUGGUACAUGGAUGAGAGUGAUGAAGACCAAAGACUUCCUCAUCACCGUGAACCCAAGGAAUAUGUGUCGUUUGACCGACUUAAUGAACUUGGAGUCCUUAGCUGGAAUUUAGAUGCAGAUAACUAUGAGACUGAUGAGGAACUCAAGAAGAUUCGUGCAGAACGCGGAUAUACCUAUGUGGACUUCUGCACUGUGUGCCCAGAAAAGAUGCCAAAUUAUGAUCAAAAGAUAAAGGACUUUUUCGAAGAACAUCUUCACACCGAUGAGGAAAUCCGGUACUGUGUGGAUGGAAGUGGGUAUUUCGAUGUCAGGGAUGAGAACGAAAAGUGGAUUCGCGUCUGGGUAAAGAAAGGGGGAAUGAUUGUACUGCCUGCAGGAAUGUACCACCGUUUUACUCUCGAUACCGACAACUACAUUAAGGCAAUGCGACUCUUUGUUGGUGAACCAGUGUGGACUCCAUACAACCGUCCUCACGACGAGCUUCCUGCUAGGAAGGAGUAUCUGGACACUUUCAUAAACAAAGAAUCUGGUAACCAUGCUGUCACUGCUGCAACUUGAAUAUUCAUUUCAUUACCCUUUCUAAUCUUCUUAAUAAUGUAAUACCCUAUGGAUGGAGUAUUACCACCAGUUGUAUGGCGUGUAUGUUUAUGAAUACCACAUUGGGGUUGUGAAGAUCCAACUGUUCUUUGAUCAGCUGGACUAUAUAUAUGAGCUUAAUUACUUCACAAGAGCUCCUGUGUGUCUUGUCUGGUUUAAUAAUAUAAGUAUGAGUUACUUAUGUGUCCUUAAUUUUAAAUAAAUCUGUUUGCAUUUUACCUCA